UGCCGUGUCUCGAGCAGUCAGUAUAAAGCAGAGUCGAAGAAGGCAGAGAGGCGACUGUCUGUCCUACGUGCGUGCGCCAAGACAACGGUUACAGCUCGUCGAGGAAAAGUAGCCGGACCGGGGCCGCCGUCAAAUCGCCGAUUAAGCCCGUGAUAGGAGUCCAGCAUGCCGACCUUGACGCUACUGACGCUGCUGCUGGCGUCCCUCGCGCCCGCCGCGCCGCUCAACGUGCUCCUGGCCAGCACCACGUCCUCGCCCAGCCACUACAUCUGGACCAACGCGCUGGCCACCGGGCUGCUGGACCGCGGCCACCACGUCACGGAGUUCGUCAUCCGGCCGGCCGCCGUCAAGCACGCCAACAGGACCAGCUUCGUCAUCGAGGCCCCGACCUACACCGAGGACCACGACGUCGACUUGGAGGUCAGCAACCAGCAAAGCAUUUGGGAAGAGAUCCCGUUCCUGUACACCUUCAGCACUGAAUCGACGAGGGUGGCCUUCGAGUCGAAGGGCUUCGCGGACCUGGUGCGGCACCUGCAGGAGAAGAAGCCCAAGUUCGACCUGCUCGUCAUCGACUACGCGUUGCAGGAGACCGUCAUCGGGCUGAACGCCCUGAUCGGCCGCGUGCCGGUGGUGGCGUUCUCGCCCUACAACAUGCCGGAGGACGUGCUGCAGCUGAUGGGCUCCCCCUUCGUGCCGUCCAUGCUGCCCUACGCCGGCGUGGGCGCGGACGGCGGCGUGCCCAUGACCUUCCGGGAGCGCGCCGACAACCUCUUCAAGUGGGUCGUCUUCAAGACCUACGUGCACUUCGUGGCCCGGCCCAGGGUCAACGGAGAGAUCGCCAAGUGGUUCCCCGGCGCGCCCACGCUGGAGGAGCUGGAGAGGGACGUGGCCGUGUCCCUGGUCAACACGAGCCCCGCGCUGCACGGCGGCAUGCCCGUGGUGCCCGGCGUCGUCGAGGUGGGCGGUCUGCAGGCGCGCCCCGCCAAGCCCCUGCCCAAGGACCUCCUGGACUGGGUCAGCGAGAAGAACGCGCCACACGGAUUCAUCUUCAUGUCCUUCGGCACCAACGUCAUGUCCUCCAUGCUCCGCAAGGACCGCCGCGACGCCAUCCUGCGCGCGUUCGGCCGCCUCAAGCAGCGCGUGCUCUGGAAGUACGAGACAGACGACAUCCUGGACAAGCUGCCCCCCAACGUCAAGGUGGCCAAGUGGCUGCCGCAGAACGACCUCCUGGGCCACCCCAACAUCCGCUGCUUCGUGUCGCACAACGGCGGGCUGAGCACGCAGGAGGCGAGCUACCACGGCGUGCCCAUCGUCGGCGUGCCCUUCUUCGCCGACCAGAUCGGCUACGCGCAGAAGACCGAGAAGAUCGGCAUCGGCCGCCGCGUGCAGUACCAGGCCAUCACGGAGGACAGCUUCUACGAGGCGGUGGCCGACGUCGUCAACAACCCCAAGUACCGCGGGAACAUGAAGAAGGUGCAGCAGGCGCUGCGCGACCAGAAGGAGACGCCCCUGGAGCGCGCCGUGUGGUGGAUCGAGUACGCUGCCCGCACGCGCGGCGCGCCCAACCUCCGGUCCCCCGGGCUGCGGCUGCGCUGGUACGAGCUCUACAUGCUGGACGUGCUCGGCGCCGCGCUCCUGGUCACCCUAGUCGCCUUGUGGCUGCUCGGCCGCGUGGUCACCGCCUGCACCGGCCUGCUAUCUUCCUCCGCGCUCAAACGCGUCAAGGCCAAGUCGCAAUAGGGCCGAAAGGGCCCCGUCCGCGUGUGGAGCCUAGCGCGCUAGGCCGUUCAGAGUGGCCAGCAGGGCCGCGGCGAACGGAUACACCGUGAGAAAUCGUUUACUGCAAAUUACAUGGAAAGACUCUGGUCAGACUUUUAAAAGUCUCGCCGAAAUGUGGUCAGACUAUAAUGACCCGCCACAAAAUGGCGACACGUUCUUGUCUGACCGGGAAAGGUGAUCUUCGGUCCAGGCGGCGCACCUUCAUUUUGUGGUGAGACAUUUUUGUCUGAGCGAAACUUAAAGUCUUACCCCUGGAGUGGCGAGAAGUCUGUCCAUUGGAUUUGUAGUGCAGUCAUGCGUUAUGACAGAAUUGAGGAUGUCAUCUUCACUAUUGGAAAAUGAUGACAGUUAAAUUACCAUCAUUCAUAUCCACCGUCAGCCGCCCUGUAAACAACUGUCAAUGUCAUUGGAGUUAGGGGAACCUGACCUGACUUGGGAUGAGGAAGAACGAACCGAUCGCGACUCCCCUGCAAAGCCGAAUGCGAGACAGUCUCACGCUUACAAGUGUGGCCUAUUUUAUCCCAGAGAUGCAAGUGCCAGUGUGAGAGUCACACUCUUGAUUCUCAUGGUUCCUUUUGGUUCUAUGCCACGGGUCCCACGCUUGCAAGUGAGACAAACAACGUCUUACAUAAACAACGUCUUACAUUUGCAAGUGGUCUCGUGGUUCACUCUUGUAAGCGUGAUACACUUUGGUUCACGCGAAAUAGUUCAAAACUGUCUGAGAUUAGGUUCUGAAGUGUACGUGUAACAUGAAGCUGGAAAUAUGCAACAGCUUCCUGACGGUUCUUUGAAGUUCCAUUGGUCGGAGCUCUCACAGAUAAAUGCUUCGAGUCAGUAUUUCUUGACAUGUUGGAUGCGUUUGUGUACUGAGAAAACAAAUGAGAGUGCUGGAAAAAUAGUUCUGCCAAAUGUGCUUAAGAUCGCAACUAUUCCUGACGCACUAGCGACGAUGAUGUUGGGUGUAUCGUACUUACAUAUUGGACCGGAAAAACCUUGGGAACAAAGGUCUCCAUUCGUAGUUCUGGCCAGAACUACCCGAGAGCCGAUAGCCUCCUAAUAGUAGCUCAAUUUCCAGUCCCGGCACACGUAGAGGGACUAAUCCUCGGGCUAAUCCCACCACAGCUUUUAAGCCAAGGUCGAGUGUGUUACAUAAGAAAUAGAGCUGUUGGCAUAGGCUAUUGGUUCUUGGGCAGUUCAGGCCAGAACUGGCUGAUGCAGACCUGUGCUUAAGAAGCACUUUUAGCUUAUGUAGGUAUCAAGCUUUUCGGUUCGGUUUGUGAUUCAUAGAAAGAGUUCGUAACGUAUAAAGAAUAUUCUUUUAAAUCUGACGCAUGCUUAAAAUACACUGCUAUUAAAAG